AUUGUAGUAUUAUUUUGUGCUAGUUUUGUUCUGUUACUAGGUAUUGUUUUGUUACUAUGUAUUGUUUCUUGUACUCCUAUGACUGUUUUUGUCUUGAGCGAGGUUCUAUCAGAAACAGCCUCUCUACCUCACUGCUUCACUGCUGAGGUAGAGGUAUGGAUUGUGUACACUCUACCCUCCCCAGACCCCACUUUGUGGGGGUAUGCUGUUGUUGUUGUUAUCUGAGGCUUCAUUCAAUUAUUGUGUGGAUUAUCUCCUGUUGAGUAGAUGUUAUUAUAUUAUCUAAACUGUGAAGCAGUACAAGGAGAGCAUUGUGCUGGCUUGGUUGACCAUUAGGGAGUCAUUACAAAAAGAGGGGAUGAAGUAUGCUAUACAAAAAGAUGUUUCUAACACUCUGUUUAGAUGGUUGCAGGCGAGGACCUAGGUGUAACUUAAAUACGAUGUAGACUAGGUAUAGUUAUACAAAAGAAUAUAUAAGAACCUGUAUAAAAUCUAGAAGCACCCUUAAAAUCAAGAAGAUAGCUGGGUGCUUUAGUUUCCAGAACCUUAAAGCUUUGGACGUCAAUGUAUGUACUCAAACCUUCCCGGGCACCCACAACCCCUCAAUCCUGGGUCCUCCAUUGAAUGAUUGUUAGGUAUUGUGUCAUAAUGUAUGGUAUUGUAUUCUAUUGUAUUGUGUCAUAAUGUAUAGUGUUGUAUUUAUGGUAUUGUACUCGAAUUAGAAAUAGUUUAACUUUAAAAUUUUCUUAUUAUCCUUGAUGAAAUGAUUUACAACCACACAGAUAUCUAAGGAUUAUUUUAGACCACAAGUUUCAAAAUCCACAGUAAAAUAUUGUUGUCACAUGUUCCAUCUCUCUCCACCAAUAACUUCAAUCAAGAAUGACCAAAAAACAAAACCAAAAUUUAGAAGAAGAAGAAUAGAAGGACAGUAUAGAAAACAUGACGGGUCUAACAACACCAGUACAAUCAAAACAUUGGCAAUCAACAUCCCAAAACAACCUCAAAAACUCAGAAAGUUACAAUUUUUACAGUCACCAAGUUCACUUUAAUGGCAAAAACAACAAUAAUUUUUCAAGAAAAGUGAAGCCCAUCUCGUGUUUCGCAUCAGAGAACCCAAAUCAACCAAUCUUGAAAGAAUCAAAGACUCCAUUGGUAGGAGUUGGAUCAGCCGGUGCAGAUAUCUAUGUGGAAAUUGAUAGGUUACCAAAAGAGGGGGAAACAAUUUCAGCCAAAACAGGUCAAACAUUGCCUGGUGGAAAAGGGGCUAAUCAAGCUGUUUGUGGUGCAAAGUUGGGAUAUCCAACUUUCUUUGUUGGACAAGUUGGUGAAGAUGCUCAUGGGAAAUUGGUUACUAAAGCAUUAGAGAGUGGUGGGUUUUUUUUGGAUUACCUUACCACUGUUUGUAAUGCUCCAACUGGACAAGCUGUGGUGAUGCUUCAGUCUGAUGGGAAGAAUUCUAUUAUCAUUGUUGGUGGUGCUAACAUGUCUUGUUGGCCUGAAAAUUUUUCAUAUGAGGAUUUGGAGAUUGUGAGAAGUGCAGGGAUUGUGUUGCUCCAGAGAGAAAUUCCAGAUUUUGUUUACAUCCAAGUUGCAAAGGCUGCCAGGAACGCAGGUGUUCCAGUUAUUCUAGAUGCGGGUGGCGUGGAUUCUCCAAUCCCUUCCGAGCUUCUUCGAUGUGUUGACAUUUUCAGCCCAAAUGAAUCUGAGCUGGCUCGCAUAACAAAAAUGCCAACAGGAAGUUUCGAACAAAUCAGCAAAGCGGUGGAGCAGUGCUAUGCUCUGGGAGUUAACCAAGUCCUUGUUAAGCUUGGGGCCAAUGGAUCUGCUCUUUUCACCAAAGGAGUGGAACCCUUGCGGCAACCCAUUAUUAAAACUGCGAAAGUUGUUGAUACAACAGGAGCUGGUGACACUUUUACAACUGCUUUUGCAGUGGCCCUCAUGGAGGACAAAUCUAAAGAGGAAUGUUUGAGAUUUGCCGCUGCAGCAGCCUCGCUAUGUGUUCAAGUGAAGGGAGCCAUUCCAAGCAUGCCCGAGAAGAGAGCAGUGAUCAAUCUUCUUCAGUCAGCUUGAAGACUUUGAGUUUCCCUAAUCAUCUUCUUGUGCAAAAAAAAAAAUAAGAGGUAGUAUUCUAAAUGUUCGGAUCAUAUUAGUUGGUGCGUUACCCUAAUCAUAGGAGCGGAAAAGAUGGUUCAAAAAGGCAAUCUCCAGGGAGGAAGUGAACGAGAGGGGAUUUUUCCAUGAUUUAUUUUUAUUGCGCUUCUGUCAUCUCAGCCGAUGAACAACUAACGAAGCAGAGAUGCAGCAUUUUAUUCUUGAACUUUCGUUACUGAUUGUUGCUGGAAAGAAUGCCAGCUUUGGAAAAUUUGAGUCACAUUUGAUUGUUUUUGAGGGUGAAAUAAGUCUCUUGUUCCUGACUCA